GAAUACUUUUCUUAUAAAACAUUGACAGGUUAUACCCGGAAGUGACGACAUACGUCACUUCCGGGUAUCUUUUUUCUUCUGUCAGACCGCGACAUUUUGAAAGUAUCAACCCAACAGACGUUUCCAUACAACGACCUUGGAAACAUGACGUCCAUCACUGAUAAGAACAUAAUUGAUCGCUUUGCCAAUAAAAUGAAAGAGAUGCAAAACAAGCAACAGGAAGCAUAUGCAGAGAUCAUUGACACCACCACGGAGCUGUGCCGGUCCCACGGGCAGUUUGUCAAAUCUGCACUUGAUGCAGGUUCAAAGAAAUGUGAUAAUGACGAGAUGCUGUUUGACACCUUAGAAGCAUUUAAAAAAGAUUUGCAACAUAAAAAUGCAUUAUUGAAGGAAAAACAGCACGCUAUUACAAGAAUGGCAUCUGAUAUCGAUCAGAAGGAAAUACAGAAAGACGCUACCAUCCAGAAGAUUGAGAGGCUUAAAGAAGAACACGCGCGGAGAAAAGAGUUAAUGGAGUCUCAGUUUAAAGCAAACAAGGACCGACUGAAGAACCUGCAAAAAGCCAGAAUUGUCUUUCAGGAGCAUUUAGGAAUGGAAAUACGAAAGAUCCGCGGCACGGCACAGCAUGUCAACGGUGAGAAGUUGCAGUUUGUGUUCCGUAAUAUCAACCCCACUGAUCUGAACAGUGCCUAUGUUGUCACAUUGGGUAUCAAGGAAGACAGAGUGUAUCAGAUUGUGUCGAGCGACCCUGCGCUUGAGUGUCUGCCAGAUUUGGAAAGACGCCUUCAGGAGACCAACAACUUGCCAGCUUUCCUGGCUAACGUAAGGAAGCAGUUUAUCGCCCAAGCACGCUAAGAUGACAUUUUUUUUUAAAAGGAUGAAGCUUUGCUGCAAUUUUGUAUUGUCAAACAAGUGGAAUAAAAAGAUUAACGCCACUAAUAAAUGUAUAUUUAAAAUGCUAUUAUGGAGCAUAUUAUAAAACAUGCUGCUUUUACAUCAUUCUUCAUCAACACAAUACAGCAAAAUAGGGUUGGAUACAAUUUUGUACAUAUGCAUGAUUUUAGUAGGAAAUGUACUGAUUUAUAGAAACUUGGUUCCGAUAGAACGUACACGCACUGUGAGAAUGAGAUAUUUGUAAGUGUUCUUUCUUAAUCCAUAGUCAUGUUUAAAGCAGCUAGUGUUUUCCCAUGUGAACUCUUUGGGUUUUUCUUCUUAUGUCCGUCUUUAGUUUUGUCUUAAGGGCUCCUGUUUGUCGGUUCACAGAGUUGUUUUGGCCAGCUCAUUAUCUGUUUAAAAGUAGCAGCUGCAUUUUGCUGUUUUCGCUCUACAUAAGCUGACUCUUUUUGUGGG